UGUUUGUAGGCGUUUGAAGGCAGUCUGUGGCCAGUCGUUCGUUUUAGGGCGUGUGUUAACUGUACACGGACGGCAAAAUGUAAAACUGCCCAGCGAGAAGCAGCCACAAGAGUUCCUCCUUUCUUUGGGCUGCUUUUGUUUUGGUAGUAAGCAGCUUGACGGACGCCGGCGGGGCUAACUAGCGGAGUUUGAACUUGUUAGCUCGGCAGCUAACUAGCUAACACAUAUUGUGUCGCAGUCGGCGGGUCGACCAGUCAGAACUGCAGAUAAAACUUGUUGACCACUCUGAAGUAUAAACAGGAGGCUCGGUUAGUUAGCACCACGCUGCUUUAAUUACAACAACAACAAAAAAAAUCAUAUGUUGCCUGUCGAAGCCGAUUUGGCGUGAUUUGAGGCGUAGCCGUUCGGAUCCCGUCAGAGACAGAACAGCCUAUCCCAGAGGAUCAACCGUCACACACUCGAAAUGCUUUCUACUUGUAGCUAACGACUGGCUGUGAAAAUUACGAUGGGUACAAUCGGCAGCUAGCUUGUUUUAUCUUAACCGACCAUGUAAGCCGUCUUGUCACGAAAAGCAGUUGACUCGUGACUUGUCGCUGUAGGACGGUGCAGGAAGAGCCCGUUACAGACCUCCGAACAACGACACGAACAGACGCGCCGACACUGAGGCUUAGGGUACAUGCGAGCACCCCUCACCCCCUCUCCCAGCGCAGAGGUCCGUGCUCACUGUCCUGUUAACCGGAGUGUUUUUUUUUUUUUUUUUAAACCAUUUGACCCCCCCAUAUGCCUGCGCUUACGACCGUGUCAACAUCCUGAAGGCGGAGAGAGACGGAGGAAGGGAGGCAACGGCAACUCCGGGGUCCCCGACACUCAGCCGAGGAGAGGCAUCGCUGAAAUGAGAUGAGGCUCAGAAAUGGAACUGUGGCCACUGCGAUUAUUUUCUUCACGUCGUUCCUCAGCCUGUCCUGGUACACAGCGUGGCAGAAUGGCAGAGAGAAGCUGAUAGCAUACCAGCGGGAGUUCCAUGCCUUGAAAGAGCGCCUCCGUGUGGCAGAGCACAGGACGCUGCAGCGCUCGUCUGAGCUCAACAACAUUCUUGAGCAGUUCAGACGUGCCAUCGCCGAGACUAACAGCAGCAAAGAUGCUCUCACAAACUUCUCAGAUGAGACACAGAAACUACUGAAGGAGCUUGCAAAUAGGAAACAUCUCCAGGUGCCAAAUAUCUACCACCACCUGCCUCACCUUCUCAACAAUGAGGGCAGCCUGCACCCUGCCGUACAGGUUGGCCUAGGCCGAACAGGAGUUACAAUGGUGAUGGGGAUUCCCACAGUGAAGCGGAAGGUGAAGUCUUAUCUCUCAGAGACACUGCAUUCGCUAAUAGACAAGCUGUCACCCGAGGAGAAACUUGACUGUGUUAUUAUUGUAUUUGUUGGGGAGACGGACCUGGACUACGUUCACAGCGUAGUGGCUGGCCUGGAGAAAGAGUUUUCUACAGAGCUGAGUUCAGGCUUGCUGGAAGUGAUCUCCCCACCGGCCACCUAUUACCCAGACCUCACCAACCUCAAAGAGACGUUUGGAGACUCUAGAGAGAGAGUCAGAUGGCGGACCAAGCAGAAUCUGGACUAUUCCUUCCUCAUGAUGUAUGCUGUGAACAAAGGGGUUUAUUAUGUCCAGUUGGAGGAUGACAUUGUGGCCAAGCCCAACUACUUUGCCACUAUGAAGAACUUUGCCCUGCAGCUGUCGUCCGAGGACUGGAUGAUCCUGGAGUUCUCGCAACUGGGCUUCAUUGGAAAAAUGUUCCAGGCUCCAGACCUAAAUCUCAUUGUUGAGUUCAUCUUCAUGUUCUAUAAGGAGAAGCCCAUCGACUGGCUGCUGGACCAUAUUCUCUGGGUCAAAGUCUGCAAUCCUGAAAAAGAUGCAAAACAUUGUGAGCGUCAGAAGUCCAGCCUACGUGUGCGGUUUAGACCCUCCCUGUUUCAACAUGUGGGACUCCAUUCUUCUCUUGCUGGAAAGAUCCAAAAACUCACAGACAAAGACUUCCUGAAGCCACUUCUCCACAAGAUGCAUGUGAACCCCCCAGCUGAGGUUUCCACUUCAAUGAAGGUGUAUCAGGGUCACACACUGGAGAAGACGUACCUAGGAGAGGACUUCUUCUGGGCCAUCACUCCUACCGCAGGAGAUUAUGUCCUCUUCAAAUUUGACAGACCUGUUAGCAUAGAGAGGUUUCUCUUUCGCAGUGGUAACCAGGAGCACCCAGGGGACAAAAUUGAGAACACCACAGUGGAAAUACUGCCUGUUUCGGAAACUAGACUGCAGACCAAAGAGAAGUACAAACGAACAGAGGACCGCUUUUACAGAAUUGGUCAGUUUGAGAAAGGUGUGGCAGAAGGGGCUGUAGAUCCUUCUUUCAAUCCUGUUGUGGCACUUCGGCUUUCAGUUCUCAAAGACUCCGCGGUGUGGGCCAUCCUCAGUGAAAUACAUAUAAAGAAGAUAGCUGGCUGAAUCUUCUGGAAGGGGCACAUGAAUCAUGGCCCCUGGGGGACCAAAAUCUCCUGGACUGCUUAUGCAGGGCCUCUGGCACCUAGCAACCAGCAGUGAAAUCAUUAGAGCCCACUAGAGUUGCUCGUCUGAGCUUGUCUGAGGAAAGCCACCUCUCUGUUACCCACUCUCCCUAAUGUACCUUGUUAUUUUGCUUCUCAUCGAUCGACUUCUCCCUUUUCUUUCUGCAUCUCUCCCUCACUCUUCAGUUCAUUUGUGAGAAUGUGAAUACUACUGUCUAAAGAACAACAGUGAAGUGUGUGAAGACAUCUGUUCCCAGCUCUGGCUCUGAACGUGACUGUGUUGCUCAGCGGCUUUGAACACAAAAUGCCUGCACGAUUGAGGAGAAAUCUUCACAUCUGGGGAGAACCGGUCACCUGGCCACUGGUGUAGAUGCUGCCAAAUCCCUCUCUGUAAUUCAAUGCUGCCACCUUUGGGCAAGCUGUGGCAUUGCACUGUCACUAGCGCCUCAGCAAAGCCCAUGAUGAUCAAGAAUGUUGUCACUAAUGGCCAGUUGCUGUCUGUUCUCAGCAGAGAUGAUGGAGCUCUAGAUCAACACCAGCCCAAACAAAAAUGUUUUCCUCACUCCUAGAGUAUUGUAAGUCACACUCAAAUACUCCACUUGUCCUGAAACACAAACUCAGGAUGAGCUUUUCCAAACUGUUCCAAAAAUCCUGCCCACAGUCAGUCGGUGACAACUUUGACCAUAGGCCAGAUUCCGUGGUAAUUACCCCAGUCCAUCAAGAAAAUAAGUACCGUGACACCAUAUCUAUCUCACGUCCUGUCUGACAGGCUGUGUAUGACCUCAGUGUCCAUUUAUAACCAAUCAGACAUUGCCUUUGCGUCAUUUUCCCGAAAGGAAUAUAUUGUUAUAUUGAUAUAUUAUUACAGCUUUGACGAUCUAUGAAGGUGACUUAAUUUAUUUGAAAUAAAUCUUUAAUUUGUACAAGAGGUAAAAUAUAUUUUUAUUCUAUUAAGAGAUGUUUAUGGUAGUUAAGAAUCUGUUUUAUUUGUGUACAGUUUUUUUCUAAAUUGCUAUUCUUGUGAAAAGCUUCUUGUGAAAUUAUGUUGUCUGCAAGUAGCAAGUAGCUCCUUUCAGUUUCUUUUCAUUUAAAGUGAAAUGUUACAAGAAAAAUUAUGGAUUUUCACUGUUUAAAAAUUACAUGGUAGGAGAGUUGUGAAUAGAUUCUUUUGAAGUAGUCAUGGGGCAAAAUUAGAAAAAUGUGCCUUAUAUCCAGGUCUCUUGAAAUUGUCUCAGCAACAUUAUUCGAAUCUGUUCCCUCUUACUUUUGCCUACACUUUUCUGGAUAUGGUAUUUUGAAAAUAACACCUACAGUACAAAUAGUGAUUGGAUGUCAAGAACAAUAUCUCUGUGUUAUAAUGACUGAAAGUGGCAAACAAGGGGUUUUUUUUUGUACCAGAUUACCACCUGAAACAGCUUGAUUUGCACUGCUUUCUCACCAUCACCAUCACAUCCCUCACUGCUGUACCUAUAUUUUCCAUUUUGGCACAGUUUAUGCUUAUUUCACUGACUCCUCCAAAUCCACUUUACAAUUAAUUUUGUCCAAUCGCUCAUCUGUUUUUUGAUUGGACAGAAUAUGACUACUGAUCAUUGCAGAGUAUGCCUUUGUGGAAUGAUUUGACUGAGGUUGUGUAGUACUUUCACUGAUUGUAUAGCUAUGAAAACAGCAACAAGCAUCUCUCUCUCUCUCUCUCUCUCUUUUGUCUCACUAUAGUUUAUCGAAAUUCACCUGACAUGUUUUGUGUUUGUGUGUGUGUGGCCAAUGUUCUGAGUGGAAGCUAUUUUUUAAGUGAAACUUCACUCACGCUAUGUGUCAGUGGUUUAUUCAAGGGGGUAGUGAAGUGCCUUUUGGUUGACUUGAUAAGAAAAUGGGACUUUUGUUAAUCAUGCCUGUUCGCAUGCAUGAUUAUUUGUAAUUUAUAAACAGUGUUUGUUUUAGUUUAUUUUCAGAACAGGCUCCUUCACCCCCUGAUCAAACCAUCAAUGCUGUACUCAAGAAAACACAAGUGGUUUAGCGUCUGCCUCUUAAAUAGAUUCUGUUGAUUGGGAGAAGAUGGGAAUAAGCCAUUUAAAGAGUGGAACAUGUUUUGAAAGGGUAAAGACACAGUUCUGCUAACAGGAUUGGCUUCUGCCCUUUACACGGCAUCCACAUACAAACUGAAACUAAAUGCAUGAAAACAGCAUGAAUGGUCAUGUAAUCCCCUACUAUAUUUGUGGAAGGUGGAUGGACAGGAGA